AUGGGCCCCUGUACCGCCUCCUCAUGCUGCUGCCAGGCCCGUAAUCUGCCAUGGGCCCCCGUACCUACUCCUCAUGCUGCUGCCAGGCCCGUAAUCUGUCAUGGGCCCCUGUACCGCCUCCUCAUGCUGCUGCCAGGUCCACAGUGUGUCAUGGGUCCCUGUACGGCCUCCCAUUGCUGCUGUCUCCAUCGCCACACUCUGCCAUGUGCCACUUUCAGGUCUCCUCACACUGCUGGUGGUUUCCAUUUUUGUCAUAGGGUGCUGUAUGGCCUCCCAUUGCUGCUGCCUCCACCGCCACACUGUGGCUCCACACUCUGGUUUUGGCCCCGUGACUGCCCAAAUGAGUGAAGUGUGCGGUGAUUCUAAGAUCGACGGCACUCAUCUGCAUGUCAUACUGACUGUCAGUAUUAUUUCUCUUCCCAGCAGACUCCAAGGGCAUUUAAAUUAAAGGUACAGUGUUCUGCACUAAUAUAA